AUGGAAGCUUGUCACUCUCCACAGCAAUACAAUGUCACUUCCUAUGGGGCCACAACUGUGGCCAUCAUCACCCUGGAGGCGUUUGCUGGCAUGUGGAUAAAUGCUUUCAUCGUUUGUGUGCUUUGCAUUGGCUGGAUCAAAAAGAAAACCUUGAACUCAAAUGAGAAGAUCUUGCUGCUGCUGGGAAGCUCCAGAAUUUCCUAUUUGUGCUUCUCAUGGACAUACCACUUCCUUUCAAGAAUUUAUCCCAAUUACCUUUAUGUUCACCCCAUACAUCAACUAUUUGCAUUUUUUGGAACAUUUUUUAAUUUUUCCAACUUGUGGGUUUCUGCCUGUCUUUGUGGUUUUUAUUGCAUAAAAAUUGCCAGUUUCAGGAACAGCUUCUUCAUCUACCUGAAAGUCAAAAUUGACAGGAUGGUGCCCUGGCUCUUGUUGGGCUCAGUGCUUUCAGCCUUGUCUUUGGGCAGUGUUAUGUAUGACCUCAUUGAAACUGUGCAGAGAAAGAACCUCAAUGCCACCUGCUUCCAAAAUUUUUGGGAAGCAAGUAUCAGAAUGGAUAAACAUUUUACGUCUUCUUUCUUUCUCACUGGUUUUGGAUAUGCUGCCUCAUUCAUGACAGUCGUCUCUUCUGCUCUUUUCCUCCUCUUUUCUCUCUGGAGACACAAAUGCAAGAUGCAGACAAACUCCAUGAAGGACCUCAACAUGGAAGCCCACAUCAGAGCCAUGAAAUCCAUUCUCUCCUUCUUAGUGAUGUACACCAUCAACUUUGUAUGUUUGAUCUUGUCAAUAAUUUAUGCCAUGAAGAAUGAAAAUACCAUGACACUACUUAUAUCCAUAUAUCUGCAUGCUUUUCCAGGUGUUCAUUCCCUUAUUCUGAUUUUCAGCAAUCCCAAGCUGGAAAAGGCACUGCUAAGGAUUCUCUCCUGUGUCAAGUGAGAGUUUUUAAUGAAGUAGCAACUGUGGUAAAAACACAGUAUGAGCCCAUGCAAAAUGUUGAUCUUCCACUGUAGAAAACAAGUAAUUUCUUUAAUUUCUAGUAUAGCUCUCCAGGCAUUGUAGAUGAUACUGCUGUUAUCUCCUCAACAUCUAAGUUAAGAAAAUAUCACUCAUACUGAUUAAGCUAAAUUAUUUUGAGUUAAAUACAUCAUUAUUGUAUUUAGAUGUAGCUAAAUCUUGGAGACCUAUUUUUGUUGUUAACAAAGUCAUUUGGCCCUGAUUGCAGGGAUGAUGCCUUACCCCUUGUGUGGUGAAGGGAUUAAUAUGGGCAUGAGAGUCUGAUGGUGGGCUGAUGGACUAGCAGGCAGAGGCCCUUCACCUCUGCCUGAGCCUGCUGGAAGAUGCAGUGAUGUUAAUUUAAUGUUCAUCCCCUGCCCAAGACUCACAGCUUUUGCCAUCAGAACCCUUGGUACCCCUCAUUUCCAUAUCAGCUGGCUGCCCACCACCAUUUACAAUGGCAGCAAUGGGGUAUUCUGACUGCAGCCUCUCCUGCACUGCUCCCAAAGUACAGAUUUGGCUCCUGAAAUCCUCCCUGGCAGAGGAUGACAAUAUGACCCCCACUGUGCAGGACAACAGGAUUGCUUUGCUCUCCUCCCCAAAGCAGGGAACACCUCUUAAGUAAGAUUUGCUCUUCUGUCUGAUUGUACCCAGGUGAAAUUCUGUUUAUAGGCCUAACUGAUGGUAAAGUUGAGCCUAAUGAAUUAACCAGUGCUUUUCUUUUUUUUUCAUUGUAUUUAGAGUUAAUCCAAUGAGUGUAUUUAUUAGUGACAAUUCCAAAUUUGUCUUUCUACAAUAAAAUGCAUUAUUUGUGAUUCUGCGACUGUGAAAGUUCUUAGUGAACAUGACAAGAUUGAACAUGUUUGAAUUUGCAGUAAUCAGAAAUUAAGCUGAGAUGCAUCCAGGCCCUUUGAUGCGUGAGGACCAGCAAGGGGUGUAUUUUCUACCAAAUGUCUAUACUCUCAGUGGAACAGAGGAAUAUGCAACACUGGUACACAAACUGGCUGCAAAAAAACAAAUAACAACACUGCAAACCUGCCACAAAUGAUUUGAUAUUCAUCAAAUGAAAUGGCUGCAAUAAACAUAUUUAUCUCUAUUUUGGUUUCCCUUUCUUUCUGCUGUGGCUCUGUGCUGUGUGAUAUAUCAUGGGCUCUACCACAGUCUGGCAGGGGCUGAUAGCUCUGGGUGAACAUGCUGACCCCUGUCACUCACCAGAGGUGGUCACUGAUGCACAAACAGCGAGGCAGGAACGGCCCCGGGGAGCUCAGGGGUGCAGAGCCCCCUUGCCACGGCAGCCCUGCGUGUCCUCUGUGCCCCACUGCCUGCAAGGACAGGAUUUCCUGCUCUGUGUGACUGCUCUCCUGGCCUGCUUGGACCUGGUGAGGAGAGAGAAUGACAAGGAAGGAAGAAAAGGAAGAAAAGGAAGAAAAGGAAGAAAAGGAAGAAAAGCAAGAAAAGCAAGAAAAGCAAGAAAAGGAAGAAAAGGAAGUAAAGGGAGAAAAGGGAGAAAUGGAAGAAAAGGAGGAAAGGGAAGAAAAGGAAGAAAGUGAAGAAAAGGAAGAAAAGGAAAAGUCUCUUUGUUUUGAAAGACAGGUAUCUGUCAGGGAGUUUCCCUUGGAAUGGUGAAUGUAAAACCCCCUCCCUCCAAAUUAUUACAAUUUUGCAAUUAGGAGUUUUCAGGCAAAAAUAUGGGAAUAGGAAUAACAGUUCUUUACUAGGAAUAUUAAAAGAACAAAUGCAGUAGUACGAAAAAAACAAACAAGCAAAAAAAAAAAAUCCUUGAAAACUCUGACAGAGUCAGGUAUUUGACCUGACACCCUGUUGUCAGGGUGUUGGAAGCAGUCCAGAUAAGUCUUCCUGGAGUAACACAUGUUCUGUGGAGUAGAGAUGAUCCUGUAGAAAAAAGUGUCCAGUGCUGGUGAGAUGGGUCCAGUCUUCCUCCGAGUAUCCAGUGGAAAAGUGGCUGCUUGGUGUUCCUAAAUCUCAGUUUUCAUCUUGGUAGAAACAGUUGGCUCCCCUCUCACUGUGUGGAGCAUCUCCCAAUGGGAUGAUGUAAUGUGUCAUGUCACUGGUGAGCCUCAAUGGCCCAUUGACAGAAGAUACCCCCUGAGGGUGGACAGUGGUGAAAGAGAUAACAAACACUGCCCCACCUGGUUUAACAGCUGCCCUAUGAUCAGAAGGCAUCCACCCUCCUCCCCCCUGGAGUUACAAGAGAUAAAGAGAAAAAAACCCACAUCUCCCCAACUGGUUUUAACAGAUUAAAUACUAUACAUAUUUUUUUGGUUACAUAACACAAGAUGGAAAAAGGAAGGAAGGUGUGGAAGGAAGGGGCGGAAGGAAGGUGCGGAAGGUGCGGAA